GUCGUCGAGAGGCGGCACUGAGGCACUACGAAGUGGCACUCAGUCUGGAUCCUCAACACACGGAGGCACUGGUCAACACUGCCAAGCUGAUGACCACACUACACCACAACCACCAGGCAGAGUUGCUGUAUAAGAGAGCCCUGGCUGUGUCGUGGGAGGCGGAGAUCACAGAGAGCCUGGGGAAGCUGUACCUUAACACAGGCCGCCUGGAGGACGCCGAGACCACCUUCAGCGCCGUCCUCAGGCAACACCCAGACACCCUCUCCUCCAGGAUAUAUCUGGCACGGGUGAAGCUACAGCAGAGGAGCUACCUAGAGAGUGAAGACCUCCUGCGGCAGGUGUUGGAUCAGUCCCCAGGGCAUCAGGAGGCGCUCUUCCAACUCUCACUCCUCUACACCCACACUAACCGCACCCAGGACGCCCUCACCCUCGCCUAUAGAGCCGCGCAUAAUUGUACGAGGCCGCCCAGACUCUGUGCCCACCUGCACGCCCAUCACGGUGACCUGCUGAACGAUAGACACAGUGUAGAUGAGGCCGCCCAGAGUUACCAGCAGGCAGUGGACCUAGAGCCUACCCUCACCCACGCCCACGUCAACCUGGGAGCACUCUACCACACUAAG